GUGGAGUCCAAACACGCGCUACACCUCCAAUCAGAGCGAGGCUGGAGCGGCCAGGCAGAAAACACGGCGCCGCGCAGAGACAGCAGAUAAAAACAGGAGAAAAGCAAAGAAAAGGAGUAACAUCCAGACUGUGGGUUUCCCAAAGAAAACAUCCCCAUUGAGGGGUUCACCGUCUAGUUCAGCUGGAUCUUGGCUGAGAGGGAUUAGAACAGAAAAACUCUUUAAGAGACUCUUUAUUUUCUCCUCAGCCUCUGUGGUCCUGCACCUUGCACUGAUGCACUCCACCACGUCCAUCACCUCCCUGUUUUCUUUCACCAGCCCGGCGGUGAAGCGACUGCUGGGCUGGAAGCAGGGAGAUGAGGAGGAGAAGUGGGCCGAGAAGGCUGUGGACUCUCUGGUGAAGAAACUGAAAAAGAAAAAAGGAGCAAUGGAAGAACUGGAGAAGGCAUUGAGUUGUCCCGGUCAGCCCAGCAAAUGUGUGACCAUCCCACGUUCACUAGACGGAAGGCUGCAGGUUUCCCACCGGAAGGGCCUGCCUCACGUCAUCUACUGCCGGGUAUGGCGCUGGCCGGACCUGCAAUCACACCACGAGCUGAAAGCCCUGGACUGCUGCGAAUUCCCAUUUGGCUCCAAGCAGAAGGACAUCUGUGUGAACCCGUACCAUUACCGGCGUGUGGAGACACCAGUUUUACCUCCAGUUCUGGUUCCUCGUCACAGCGAGUUCAACCCUCAGCACAGUUUACUCGCCAAGUUCCGCGACGCAUCUCUUCACAACGAGCCGCUGAUGCCGCAGAACGCCACUUUUCCUGACUCCUUCCCCCCUCUGCCCUGCACCUCUUUCUCCACCUCUCCGUCCAGCUCUCUGCAGUCCCCCACUGCACACAGCUACCCCAGCUCUCCCAGCAGCACAGGUGAUCCCGCAAGCCCCUUUCACGUCACAGCAGAGACCCCACCUCCGCCAUACAGCAUGAUGGAGACCACUCCACCUGAGGACGUAAAGCCUGGAGAACCCUCCAAUCCUCUGAAAUUAACCCUGUCUACUCCACACAGAGAUUUGCGGCCAGUUUGUUACGAGGAGCCGCAACACUGGUGCUCUGUGGCUUACUAUGAACUCAACAAUCGAGUAGGUGAGACUUUCCACGCCUCAUCCAGGAGCAUCUUGGUGGAUGGUUUCACAGACCCCUCCAACAACAAGAACCGCUUCUGUCUGGGACUGCUCUCCAACGUCAACCGCAACUCCACCAUCGAGCACACCCGGAGGCACAUAGGCAAAGGGGUUCACCUGUACUACGUGGGUGGUGAGGUGUAUGCCGAGUGCCUGAGCGACAGCAGUAUUUUUGUCCAGAGUCGGAACUGCAACUACCAGCACGGCUUCCACGCCACCACAGUCUGCAAAAUUCCCAGCGGCUGCAGUCUCAAGAUUUUCAACAACCAGCUCUUCGCCCAGCUACUGUCCCAGUCAGUCAACCAUGGUUUUGAAGUGGUCUACGAGCUCACCAAGAUGUGCACCAUCAGAAUGAGUUUCGUCAAGGGCUGGGGAGCAGAAUAUCAUCGCCAGGAUGUCACCAGCACCCCCUGCUGGAUAGAGAUCCACCUGCAUGGACCCCUUCAGUGGCUGGACAAAGUUCUCACUCAGAUGGGUUCUCCACACAACCCCAUUUCAUCUGUGUCCUAACAGUGUAUAUUUACUCUGUAACCCACAGCACAGUCAGAUAAUUAGCACAGGAGGAAGCAGUGUCAAACUCAACCUGACAUUUCCAGUACAAAAUAUGCGUUGAAGCAGUUUUCAUUUCCUUUUUUUCUUUUUUUAAUCAAAAAUCACCAUUUCACACUCCUUCCACUUAGCAAUUCUGUACAUUUCAGAAAAACAAAUAGAAAGUCAAGGAAAGAAAAUAGAAAGGUGGAGCAUCAGUAGUAUCAAUGUAAGCUUGUAUGUUUUUUGUGUUUGUUAUUUGUCAUUUUGUCAAAUACAGAAUUUCCCUGUAAA